GUUUGGGGGGGACCCGGGGAGGGGUUGUUCCCUCUCAGCCGGAGGCGGGCGGGGACCGCGCGGGGCGCCCACGCUGACAGCCCGGGGCACUCGCAGAGCCGGCAAGUGCCAGCCAGGGGCCCCGGGGCGAGGACUGGCCCCAGCCGGGGAACGGAGGCGUGAAGGCGGCCCCCCGAGCGGGCUGGCCCCGGGGCGCCGAGGCGAGGCGGGGACAUGCCCCUUCACCCAGCCCGCCGCCGCCCCCAGGAGAAGUGACCCCCGGGCCGUGCCCAGCAUGUCAGCCCCCCUGCGGCGCCUCCUGCUCCUCGCCGGAGCCCUGGCCCUGGCGGGCUGCGCCGAGCAGCCGGGCGGAGCCGCGGAGAAAGAGACGGUUCUCCAGCAAUAUUCUGGCUAUGACGUUGUUCAUCCAGUCCGAGUUGAUGAGAGCGGAUCUUUUCUGUCCUAUGAUCUGGCUCAUCGCGCAAUUCACAAAAGGGCCCUUUCCUCAAGGAACAAUUUGCUCUCCUUUUAUGAGCUGCAUUACAAAGGACAGCAUCUAAAAUUCAAUUUAAGCGUUAAUAACAAUCUCCUUGCUCCUGGGUUUGUUAGUGAGAGACGAUAUGGAGGGAUCACCAAUGCCAAGAUCCAGUCUUACAAUCACAACUUUUGUCACAUGAUUGGAGAGGUCCAGAACUGGGCGCUGAAAGGUGGUUUAGCAGCUCUGAGCACGUGUGAUGGGCUGAGAGGUGUAUUUCGGCUCGCAAACGAAGACUAUUUCAUUGAACCUCUGGCUACAAAUAAGCAUGAGGAUGGUACAGCCCAUCCCCAUAGGAUCUAUAAACGUCAUGCUCCAAAAUAUGAGGAAGAAGAGUCGAUAGUGGAAUCCAGCAGAAAGCGAGACAGGAAACAGCCCGAUACCUUGGGAACAUGUGGAGUCCAAGAAUCUGAGCAAAGCCUGGAGACAUCUGAGAAACGGAGAGAGAGAUGGGAACAGAAACAGCAGAGGAAGCGAAGAAUAAAACAGCGCUCCAUCAGCAAGGAGAAGUGGGUGGAGACCUUGGUGGUAGCGGACACCAAGAUGGUGGAGUAUCACGGAAGUGAAAAUAUAGAGAAGUACGUGCUGACCGUAAUGAACAUGGUGGCAGGUAUAUUCCAUGAUGCCAGCAUUGGAAACCCUAUCAACAUUGCAAUAGUUCGUCUUAUCCUGUUAGAAGAUGAUGAGGAGGAUUUGAAAAUCACCCACCAUGCGGACAACACCUUGAAAAGUUUUUGCAAAUGGCAGAAAAGCAUCAAUGUGAAAGGAGAUGCCCACCCAUUGCAUCAUGAUGUAGCUGUCUUGCUCACCAGGAAAGACAUCUGUGCUGCAAUGAACAGGCCUUGUGAGACUCUGGGUCUCUCUCAUGUGUCAGGAAUGUGUCAGCCUCACAGAAGCUGUAAUAUAAAUGAGGAUACAGGACUUCCCCUGGCUUUCACCGUGGCACAUGAACUCGGACACAGUUUUGGGAUUCAGCAUGAUGGAAGCGGCAAUGACUGUGAGCCAGUUGGGAAAAGACCUUUCAUCAUGUCUCCACAGCUCCUGUAUGACACCUCUCCACUCACCUGGUCCCGCUGCAGCAGGGAGUACGUCACACGAUUCCUCGAUCGAGGCUGGGGGUUGUGUCUGGAUGACCCACCUGCCAAAGAAGUAGUAGACUACCCCUUGGUUCCACCAGGAGUUCUCUAUGACGUCAGCCAUCAGUGCCGGCUGCAGUAUGGAGCAUACUCCGCCUUCUGCGAUGACAUGGAUAACGUCUGCAAUACGCUCUGGUGCUCAGUGGGGAACACGUGCCACUCCAAGCUGGAUGCUGCCGUCGAUGGCACAAAGUGUGGCGAGAACAAGUGGUGCUUCAAUGGAGAGUGUGUGCAGGUGGGCUACCGCCCGGACGCCAUUGAUGGAGGCUGGGGAACCUGGAGUUCUUGGUCUAUUUGCUCUCGGACAUGUGGUGCUGGCGUGCAGAACGCAGAAAGGCAAUGCAACAACCCCACACCGAAGUACGGUGGUAAAUACUGCCUGGGGGAGCGGAAGCGAUUCCGGGUUUGUAACAUGAAGCCGUGCCCCACAGACAAACCGUCCUUCCGUCACAUCCAGUGCAGCCAGUUUGAUGCCAUGCUAUAUAAAGGGAAGCUCUAUAAGUGGACGCCAGUACCGACCAACAUCAAUCCGUGUGAGUUGCACUGCCGCCCAGAAGAUGAAUACUUUUCCGAAAAGCUCCGGGAUGCUGUCAUUGACGGGACUCCAUGUUACGAAGGGAACGCAAGCCGGGAUAUCUGUAUCAAUGGGAUCUGUAAGAACGUGGGCUGUGACUAUGAAAUUGACUCCAACGCUGUCGAGGAUCGGUGCGGGGUGUGCCAUGGGGAUGGAUCCACCUGCCAGACUGUGAAAAAGAUGUUCGAGGAGAGCGAGGGGCUGGGUUACGUUGACAUUGGGAUGAUCCCAGCUGGAGCCCGGGAGAUUAGAAUUGAGGAAGUGGCAGAAGCAGGAAAUUUCCUGGCCUUGAGGAGUGAAGAUCCAGAGAAAUACUUUCUGAAUGGCGGGUGGACCAUCCAAUGGAAUGGAGAUUACAAAGUGGCUGGGACAACCUUCACCUACGAGAGGACUGGAAACUGGGAGAACCUCACAUCCCCUGGGCCCACAGGGGAGCCCGUCUGGAUCCAGCUGUUGUUCCAGGAGACGAACCCAGGAGUUCGAUACCAGUACACUAUCCGAAGGGAGUCUGACCAGGAGAAUGAGAUUCAGCCCGCAGAGUUUUUCUGGCGAUACGGCUCCUGGACUAACUGCACUGCCACAUGUGGGACAGGUGUUCAGAGACAGAUCGUGCACUGUGUGGAAAAGAUGGCUGGGAUAGUGGAGGAGCGGUACUGUGACUCAUUAACCCGACCCGACGACAAGCAGAGGACGUGUAGCGAAGAGCCCUGCCCAGCCAGGUGGUGGGUUGGCGAGUGGCAGAAAUGCUCUGCCACUUGUGGUGAAGCUGGGCUCACGAAGAGGACGGUCCUUUGCAUUCAAAGUGUGUGGCUGGACGAACAGCGGGCUUUGCAGCACACCGAAUGUCAGCAUCUCUCCAAGCCAGACGCCACUGCGCCCUGUAAUAGGGAUAUCCUCUGUCCUGCUCAAUGGGCCAUGGGCAACUGGUCUGAGUGCUCAGUAACAUGUGGAAACGGAACACAAAGACGCCUUGUUUAUUGCAGUAACAAUACUAGGACAACUUGUGAUCUUACACAGAGACCACUGUCAGAAACGACUUGCUCCCUGAAGCAAUGCCAGAAGAAAAUAGAAAAUGCCAACACUGACUGGUCUGGCAGCGGAUCUUCAAGCAGAGAACUAUUUAAUGAAAUAAAUUACAUUCCCAAUCACCACAUUUCCCACUUCAGCCCCUCAAUUCCGAAUAAUCCAAAAUCCAAAGACGAGAAUGUCAUAACAGAGGAAGAUUUUUCAAGCAGCAGUAACAAAAAGGGAAAUGUGUUUGUGGAUGAUUUUUACUAUGAUUAUAAUUUUAUCAAUUUCCAUGAAGAUCUGUCCUAUGAUCCCCUGGGUGAGAAAGACAUCAAGAGUGAGGGGUUUAAACCAGAUGCCGAGGGCGAGGCUUCUAAUGAAAUGUCUCCUAACAUUCCGUAUAAUGUAAAACCAGAAGGAGAACCCAGUGAAGGAAACUCAGCAAGAAGUGAGACAAAUACUUCUGCGGAUGUGCAUAACGAAGAAAAGGAAAAAGCUGGUGUUGGAGACAAUAAAACUCUCUUCAGUAUAACUGAAGAACAUGAGGAUAUCGGGACAGCUACUGCCCACUACAUAACCCCCUCCUACAUUGGAGACGAGGAGGAGGAAAUGCAUACGCCACUUUCCAAAGAUCAUCCAUCCACUGAGAAUGGAACAAGCCUUUAUUCUAUAAACAGCCAGGAUAAUCUGCCCACUGAUAAAACCCGAGGAAUCCUGCUGACAAGGACCAUUUCUGAAGAGGAUGCGACAGUCACCAUCCCCUCUAUCAGUUAUCCUUAUCCGGCCAUCCCCACUCCACCACUGCCUGUUGACAAGGGCAGUGCUGGUGGAGAAGAGAUGUAUGACAUUUGGGGAAGUACAAGAGAGCCUGGAAGCAGAGAAGAGGAUGGUAAAAGCACAGAGGUUCCUGCUAACAAUGACAGCGAAGAUGCUGGCUUGGCUGGUAUUGCCCAGCCAGGCCAGGAAGAUACCAAUGAAAUGGAUUUGGUCAUCAUCGAUGAUGGUGACACUGACUCCAAAACUGAAGAUGAAAAGGCACAGGCCGAUAUAACCACAACAGCAGAGAGUGCAGACAUGAACGGGCCCCCACAUAACCUGCCUCCCCAGCCAACGACAAACGAGCCGCUACAUCCUGCAGCUAAAGACACCCCUUUCCUCUCCACUGAACACAGAUCUGAGCUGGAAACAAGAGGCACACGUGGAGACACUCACCCCACGAUGGGUUCAUAUAAGUCAGAUAACAAGGAACCGGAUGACCAUGUGUCCCGUGCAGAGGAUGUACAGAAGCAGCAAGAUGAUUUCAAUGCUGUUUCACAGACGCAUGAGACGCAAGCAGCCACCAUGACAACUCUUGCCCCGCUGAGGUCCACGCCUCCCCCUGGGCAUGAGCCACCCACACAAGAAAGCAGGACACUUACAUCAAACAGUCUAGCCCAGCAGGGUGCCCGAGCACCAGCCGUGCCAGUAUCCUCAGAUCCAAACCCCACAGCUGGUCCAGAAGGGACACUUUCUGCUUUGCCAGCUGAGUUAACCACAGCACGGUGGGCUGAGAGGGAAGCAAAUGAAAUAAAAACAACGCAUUAUAGAAAGGAUGUGUUUUCGGAUGUGCCUGGGGCCACCCGCGCAGGCCCAAACGAAAGCGCGGGCCCGGAUGAGAGCUCGCCAUGGGGCACCCAGAGGAUAUUUACUAACCAGGCUGGAGACCGUGGAACGUCUCUCCCCACGCCCAGCCUUCCAGAGCAGCAGCGGCAGGAGGCAGAAACAAAGGAGGAUUCUUUCCUGUUGCUCCCUGCUACCACAGCACCCACAGUGACGACCAGCUGGGAAGUUGGGCGCUGGAGUGAGUGCUCCACAACCUGUGGCUUAGGAGCUAGCUGGAGGACAGUGCAUUGUAGCACAGGCAAAGAUGAAGAUUGUGUUGCUGCAAAAAAACCUGUCCCUGCUCGAAGGUGUUACCUGAGACCAUGUUCCUCGUGGCGUAUUGGAAACUGGAGUAAGUGCUCCAAGAACUGCGGAGGGGGACUGAAGGUUCGGGACGUGCACUGCGUUGACACCAGAGAACAGAGGCUUCUGCGGCCCUUUCAUUGUCAAGCUGUUUUCUACAAGCCCCCAAUGCAGACUCCCUGCCAAACCAAGCCUUGUCUGGACUGGUAUACCUCGUCCUGGAGAGAGUGCUCUGAGUCAUGCGGCAGCGGCGAGCAGGAGCGUUUAGUUACGUGUCCAGAAUUCGGACGGUGUGAUGAAAUGUUAAGGCCAAAUAACACAAGACCCUGCAACACUCACCCAUGUACCAAAUGGGUAGUGGGAUCAUGGGGAGAGUGCACAGCUACCUGUGGUGGUGGCAUCCAGCGGCGACAGGUGAAGUGCAUGAACACAAAAACUGGUGAAGCUGAAGAAGACAGUAGCCUGUGUGACCAUGAACAGUGGCCAGAGAACACCCAGAAGUGCAAUCCCCAGGACUGUGACAAUAGCGAGUCAACCUUCAUCUGUGAGCGGGACCGCCUCACGUUCAGUUUUUGUCAAACCCUAAGGAUUCUGGGAAGAUGCCAUCUUCCAACUGUCAACGUGCAGUGCUGCCGAACCUGCCGCCAGCACGGUCACAGUGCUCGGGAUCGUGGGAACGAACGUGUCUCCAGGAGGUGAAACCAUUUAGGUAGAAGGACCCUUUAUGGGGAGGGGGAAAAACAGAGCUGUAGAAGCUUCAAGAGAACAUACAUUAUGCAGUGAACAAAAGGAACUCCUUAAAACUAGGUUUUGCCACAUGGUCUGUUCAUAUAGCAAUGCAGAAUGUUGCUACAAGUUCCUCCACUGGGGAUUUUGUAUGGUGCUCUUUAAAAACACAGGGAAGAUUUUUUUAACUACAGUACAUGGUGCUCCAAUGAUCAGUCUGAAAACAAGAGCCUCGCUCUCACUAGACAGCACUCAAAGCCUUGCUAGUUACCAUGGAGAAAUGUAAUGUUUCCUAGCAAGUAGCUGAAAACAGAUACAAUUUUCCAUCUCUCAUGUCUUGCCUAAUGUUAGACAAUCUUCAAGAGAACAUUUUAGGAAACAAACUUAAAACAGAAUAGCAAACAUUUUGCGGAGAUCUCUCUAAAAGAUGUAUGGUGCUAUCAUCUGACAUUUUCAGCUUUUGGUUGGUGUUGGCAGGCCAGCACAAAACUCUGACCAAGUGACUUUUUAUUAUUAUUAAUUAUUAUUAUUAUAUAUAAGUGAGCAUCUAUCAUUCCAAACAGUGUAGCUUUUUUACCUUUUUUUUUUUUUUUUUUUUUUUUUUUUUCCUU